CCCACUUCGAAGAAAAGAGAAAACCAAAAAAAUGCUCAUCCCAUUGGUGGCUAAACAAGUGGAACCUUGCUUCUUAUCUUUGAACAUUUUGCAUCACGUGUUGGUUGGUUCUCUUUUCUUUUUACUUGGCAAACGCAUAGGGUAAUCUCUGUCUUCUUUUGUCUAUAAAUACACUCGACUUCAUUAACAGUUCACGUCACAAACAUUUCAUUGUUUUUUCUUUGUUGUUACUCUUGACAAAUUAAGGGCCAAGGUUCUCUGCUUCUCAUCAAAGAAGGAAUUGAAGAGAUGUUUCAGAACAUAGGGAAUACCCUCGCUGGGGAUAGCAUAAGAGGGAGAGUGGUCUUGAUGAAGAAAAAUGUGUUGGACAUCAAUGACUUGGGUGCCUCCCUUCUGGAUCGCCUUCAUGAGUUUGUGGGCCAAAGGGUUUCUCUGCAACUCAUAAGUGCUGUUCAAGUUGACCCUGGGAAUGGCAUGAAAGGAAAACUUGGGAAGCCUGCACAUCUGGAAGACUGGAUUACCAAAAUCACACCCUUGACAGCUGGCGAAUCGGCAUUUGCGGUUACCUUUGAUUGGGAUGAGGAUAUAGGAACACCAGGAGCAUUUUUAAUAAGAAAUAAUCAUCACAGUGAAUUCUACCUAAGAAGCUUGACACUUGAAAAUGUUCCAGGCCAAGGUGACAUACACUUUAUCUGCAACUCUUGGGUAUACCCUGCACGUAAAUAUGAAAAGGAUCGCAUUUUCUUCAGCAACAAGACAUACCUUCCAAGUGAAACACCAGGGCCACUUCUUAAGUACAGAGAAGAAGAACUAGAGAAUUUAAGAGGAAAUGGAAGAGGGGACUUGCAAGAGUGGGACAGGGUCUAUGAUUAUGCAUACUAUAAUGAUUUGGGCAAUCCGGAUAAGGGUCCAGAAUAUGAUCGUCCAGUACUAGGAGGGUCCAGUGAAUAUCCCUACCCUAGGAGGGGAAGGACUGGUAGACCACCCGCAAAGUCAGAUCCUAAUUCUGAGAGUAGAUUGAAUCUUGCAAUGAGCUUAGACAUCUAUGUUCCAAGGGAUGAAAGAUUUGGUCACUUGAAAAUGGCAGACUUUCUUGCUGAUGCACUGAAAUCCGUAGUUCAAGUUCUCAAACCCGAGCUGGAAUCUCUAUUCAACAGUACCCCCAAUGAGUUUGAUAGCUUUGAAGAUGUACUUAAACUCUAUGAAGGUGGGAUAAAGGUUCCCGAGGGUGUAGUUAAGAAUAUUACGGAUAACAUCCAUGCAGAGAUGCUCAAGGAAAUUCUCCGAACUGAUGGUCAGAGUUUUCUCAAAUUUCCCGUGCCUCAAGUGAUUAAAGAGGAUAAGUCUGCAUGGAGAACUGACGAAGAAUUUGCUAGAGAGAUGCUGGCUGGUGUAAACCCUGUCGUAAUUCGCUGCCUCCAAGAAUUCCCACCAGCAACCAAGCUAGAUUCUAAAGCCUAUGGUGAUCAAACCAGUACAAUAAGGAAAGAACACAUUGAGAGCAACCUGAAUGGGCUCACCGUAGAUGAGGCAAUUAGACAAAAGAAGCUGUUCAUAUUAGAUCACCAUGAUUGGCUGAUACCAUACUUGAGGAGGGUAAACUCCACUUCUACAAAGACUUACGCCAGCAGGACCAUUCUUUUCUUGAAAAAUGAUGGGACCUUAAAGCCAUUGGCCAUUGAGUUGAGUUUGCCACAUUCUGAAGGAGAUAAAUAUGGUGUCAUUAGUAAAGUUUACACGCCUUCUGACAAAGAUGUUGAAAAUUCCAUCUGGCAGUUAGCUAAAGCUUAUGUAACAGUAAUCGACUCGGGCUAUCAUGAGCUUAUCACACACUGGUUGCGUACUCAUGCAGUGACUGAGCCAUUUGUUAUAGCUGCAAACAGGCAACUCAGCGUGCUUCACCCUAUUUAUAAGCUAUUGCAUCCUCACUUUCGUGACACCAUGAAUAUAAACGCACUUGCACGACAAAUCCUCAUCAAUGCAGGUGGCUUUCUAGAGAUAACAGUUUUUCCAUCUAAGUAUUCCAUGGAGAUGUCAUCCGUGAUUUAUAAGGAUUGGGUUUUCCCUGAACAAGCACUACCUGCAGAUCUUCUCAAGAGAGGAAUGGCUGUUAAAGAUUCAGCAUCACCGCAUGGCCUUAAACUAUUGAUUGAAGAUUACCCUUUUGCGGUCGACGGGCUAGAGAUUUGGUUUGCUAUCAAAACAUGGGUUGAAGAUUAUUGCUCCUUUUACUACAAGACGGAUGAGACAGUGAAGAAUGAUGCAGAACUACAGUGUUGGUGGAAGGAAUUAAGGGAAGAGGGCCAUGGUGACAAGAAAGAUGAGCCUUGGUGGCCAAAGAUGCAAACUCGUGAAGAGUUGGUUGAAGUUUGCACUAUCGUUAUAUGGACUGCUUCAGCUCUGCAUGCAGCAACAAACUUUGGACAAUACGCUUAUGCAGGUUAUCUACCAAACCGUCCAACUAUAAGCAGAAGAUUCAUGCCUGAGAAAGGAACUCCAGAAUAUGAUGAACUUGUGGCAAAUCCUGAUAAGGCUUUUCUUAAAACAAUCACGGCACAGCUUCAGACUCUUCUUGGCAUUUCACUUAUAGAAAUAUUGUCUACUCAUUCUUCUGAUGAGGUCUACCUUGGACAGAGAGACACUUCUAACUGGACAUCUGAUUCGGAGCCAUUGGAAGCCUUUCAUAAAUUCGGAAAGAAAUUGACAGAAAUUCAGGACAGAAUCACAACAAUGAACAAUGAUGACAAACUCAAAAACCGAGUUGGACCAGUUAACAUGCCAUACACCUUACUUUAUCCUACCAGCCAAAGUGGACUAACUGGCAUGGGUAUUCCUAACAGUGUCUCAAUUUGAAAAGGCCACUCCCCUACAGGGUCUCCUUUUUACUAUCCUUUGAAUUCCCAUUUUAUUUGAUUUCUUUCUUUCUGUCACUGUUCUGCUUAAGGUUAUAAUAUAAAAUGUAAUGAUGUAUGCAUGGGGCUGUUCCCACUUUAUUUUUUAGUUGAUCAUGGAUUCAUAAUUCAUUGGGCUGUUUGUACGUAUGACAGAAUAUAAUAUAAGGAUUUA